AUGCAUUUCUUUUCUGCUGCACUCCUCGCCAUUUGCUCCAUUAGCGUGACCCAUGCGGCGCCAUUCCCCAAUCCCGAGAACGAAGACCUUGCUCGUCGCGCAACCUACUCCGUGGUCAAUGCCGAUGAAGAAUCAUCCAGCUCAGUUGCACGUGAAGUCGAAACUGUCUUCGAGACAUCCACAGUCACUGCUCUUGGUACAAAUUCAGUGUCGAUCACUGUGACUGUGACUGCCACCCCUUCAAGCGUGGUCCAGUCCUCGACUCCUGCGGCUAGCUCUACUCCGUAUUGGGUGACACCCGAUGUUUUUCCAACUGCUGGCUCUUCAUCUCUCUUCCACCGGAGUCUGACAGCCACUGGUCAGCCUGCACUAUUUGCUCGCGAGCACUUUAGCUCUUCUUCUGCUUCAGUGUAUGCCAGUGAGUAUCCCACUGACUGUGCCGCCCAGUCUCUCGAUGCUCGUGGCUGGUACUCUGUCGCUUCUGGUACUCAAUCUGUUGCCACCGUUACCGCUUCCCCUACAUCUCUCGUGGCUCGCGGCUUCGGUGAUUUGUACUCUUCUGCUGCUACCCCCUCUGCGUCGGCGACCCCCCUUGUGGCUCAUGUAGCUCGCAGCUUUGGUGGUCUGUACUCAUCCGCCGCCCCUUUUUAUUCUGAAGUGAAUGUCCCUCUUUCUCUUACUCCCCUCGUUGCCCGCGACAUGAAUGCUUCUCCCUCCGGCACUCCCUCCAGCUCGAGCGCCCGGACUUCGGCUGCUCCUCUUGCUGUCCGUGGCCUCUCUGGCUGGUACUCUCCUGUCCCCAGCGCUUCCUCCGUUGGUGCACCUUCUGCCUCUCCCGCUCUUGUGGCCCGAAAUGUCCACGGCUGGGGCUCCUCCAGUGUCUCUUCGCCUGUCCCCAGCACCUUCGCUGCAUCAGCUGCUCCUGUAGCAUACUAA